GCGGGGCAUUUGAAUUUGAAUUAGUAACGGGCUAACGGCCUCCUUCAUUUUCUUUCUUUUACUCUGCCAUUUUCCACACCAUUCACCACCACAGCACAACACUACACAACAAAAAUGGCUUCUCUCACUCCAGGAAUCCUCCUAAAGCUCCUCCAGUCCAUGAACUCCACAACUCGCGUCACCGGCGACCACCGCUCACCUCUCCUUCAAGUGACCGGCAUAGUCCCUGCCCUUGCCGGAUCAGAUCUCUAUUCUAACCAAGGCUUCUACGUUCAACUCUCUGAUUCUCUCAACUCUACCUACAUUUCCCUCUCUGACCGCGACAACGAUCUCAUUCUCUCUAAUCGCCUUCAACUCGGUCAAUUUGUUUACAUCGAUCGGUUCGAAUUUGACUCUCCUGUCCCUAGGGUUUGUGGCAUCCGUCCUAUAGCCGGCCGCCAUCCUUUUGUUGGGACACCUGAGCCACUAAUUGCGCGGAUUUCUGCAUCGAGGAAAGACUUUGUUAUUCAACCUGUGGAUAAUUCUGAGUACACGGUGGAUCCCAUUGCUGUUUAUUUGGCUAACAAGAAAUUUGAUGACUCGGCAAGGAAUGAGAAAAAACAAGUUAAGAGCAGUGAAAUAGUAAGACAACCACUUGCGCCGCGAGAUAAUAUUUCAAAUUCGGAUGAAAAUAAGGUGCCUCAGAGAUUCUGUUCCCCGGGUGGAGCAAAAAGAUCAGUCUCUGUGGGGAAGAAGAAUGUGGUGGAACGAGAUCCUUCUCCUGCGGGAAAAGGGAAGAGAUCAUCAUCCCCAGCGCCUUCAAAAUGUGUUGUUCCGAGCUUGGUGGCAGCACGAGAGGAGAACAGGAAGGUGUCAAGGGAGCCAGCCAUUAUUGUUCCCUCAAGGUAUAAGCAGCCAUCGCCUAGCAGGACUAAUCCACGAAGGACUUCGCUUUCUCCUGGGAGGAGGUUGUCUGGUGGAGUCAAAGUAUCUCCUGUUGUGGCAGAUUCUGCUGGUAAGAAAGCUAUUCCCGGGAUUUCAGAGGCAGUUAUCGCCUCUGCAAAGAGUACUAGUAGCAGCAGUAGUAGUAGGAAGAAGAGUUGGGAUGAGAAGCCAGCUAUGAUUGGUUCAGGAGAGCUGAAAGAGAGAGGUGAUGUGAAGAAGAAGCAGCCAGAUCUGCAAGCAAUUUUGAGGACUCAGGCUGCCCUCUCUAGGCGUCUAAGUGAUGCAAAUAGUCGACAAUCUAAUCAGGAUGAUGAUUCCUCAAGCAACGAGACAACAAAGAGUGAUUCUCCAGAAGCUCGGGACAAAGAGAAGCCAACUUGCGCUGCUUUGGGUUUCACUGUACACGAGAAGAAAUGGACUGAUGGCAGUAUUUCUUUGGAUACAGUCUCUGAAGAACUUGCAAAACUUGGAAAGGAGGCAAUACAAAGGAAGGUCCUUGCUUCCGCAGCUGCCGCUGAAGCAUUGGAGGAAGCUAUUGCUACUGAGACUAUUAUAAGGAGUUUAAGUGUAUUUUCAGAACUUUCUUCUAUAUCCAAGGCCGGGAAUCCUUUACCAACAAUUGAUAGAUUUUUCUCAAUUUAUGAUGACGUUGUGAAAUAUACUGUGACUGCUGAGUCAGUUGCUGCUAGCCACUCGUCUGAUCAGACCACCAUUCCGACUCAGCAAUCAAAGUCUGCUUCUCUAUGGGUUGAAGCUGCUUUAGCGACUGAUCUUGAGAUUGUUUCCCUGCUGCACAGUAAGAGUAGUGAUCCUCCAACUACUCUGCCAAGAAGUUUGUCCAAACGACAGUCUUUAAAGGCUAGUUCAUCAGCAGCAGUGGAUCCUAUAGUUGGAGUUUGGACAAGGGGCAAAGGAAUGAAAGAAACAGUAGAACUUGCAAUGAAGUUGCAGGCUGAGAUGCAAUUAUGGUUUGUAAGGUUUGUGGAGGAGUCCCUGGAUGCAAGUUUUCGUGCAUUGGGGGAACGUAGUACUGAUGGAAUUAAAGCAAUGCCUUUAAGCUCUAGCUCCAUUGCAGCUAUCUUACCGCAGUUGAAGAGGGUAAAUGAUUGGUUGGACCGUAUAGUGUCAAAGAACGAUGAACUUCUUAUGCAAAAGAUUGAGAAGCUGAAGCGAAAAAUCUAUGGCUUUGUCAUUCAGCAUGUUGGAACAGCCUUUGAUAACUCCUCGCAGGUUGCUUCCUCUUGAUAUAUGCUAUUUAAUUAUUUAUCUGUUCUUUUCUCUUUUUUUAAAUUGUUUUGACACUGCACUUUUAGAAAUUCUCGCUUGUUUAAAUUUACUUAAACAAGAAAUGCUGCUCUAAAGCAAUUUGUUUUGUAUCAUUUUAUGUUUUCACUUCUUCUGCUAUUCAUUGGCUAGUGCUUAUUUGUA